AAACCCUGAUGUUUAUUGCCUUAUUGGUGGUUAUCGUCUACUAUUGAUUAUUUAUCUUUUGAAUUUCUUUUUUUCCCUUCAUUUAGACUAUUUUAUGUUUAAUUAUCGAAUCAAUUUCAUUGUUUACAAUUAAUUCUAUACGACUCUUCAUCUAUACCAUAUUAAGUUGUUGUAGCAUUGUUAGCUAGAACUGUUUUUAUUGUGUUAACUAACAUUACCAUUUGUUGAUCCUUCAACUUCAAUCCACCAGCUGUAAAUAUGGUUUAUCUCUUUAAAUGUUUACUGUUCACUAAUGACCCAAGGAAAAAAUUAACCCAAAUGUUAGUUAUAUAAUUCAAAUGGUCUAGUGGUAUGCUUCCUGUGGACAAUAGGUGUUCACGUUCUUUGAUGAACGAAGAAAUAAUGGCUAACCAUGACCCUUUGCCUAUUGAGACAGUUGAUUCAUCUGUUGGCAUAUCUUCAGAGGACCUUCCUCACUAUUUAAAAUGUGUUGAAUCGAUCAAACAUAUGACUUCAUCAUUCCUCAAACCUCAACAAUCACCACUGUCCCGUCCGAUGCAAAGGAAGUUAAUUAGUCUCUUGCAAUGCCAACUUGUCGAAGGAGAAGGUCGAUUACGAGCCAUGAGAAAUGCUCGAUCCAUUGGUGAACGAGCCUUAUCCGAGCUUCUAAUUAAACACCAAGAUCCUCGUACUUUGAGUGCCAAUCUUUGGGCUGCUGUUCGUGCUAGAGGCUGCCAAUUCUUGGGACCUGCAAUGCAAGAAGAAGUCUUAAGACUCGUUUUGUUAGCUCUUGAGGACGGAAGUGCUCUUUCGCGCAAAGUUCUUGUUAUGUUUGUUGUCCAAAGAUUGUCACCUCAUUUUCCUCACCAAGCCAGCAAAACUGCAAUUGGUCAUGUUAUCCAAUUGUUAUAUCGAGCCAGUUGCUUUAAGCUAACUAAACGAGACGGCGAUUCAAGUUUGAUGCAACUUAAAGAAGAGUAUCGCAGCUAUGAUGCCUUAAGAAGAGAACAUGAUAAUCAAAUUGUUACAAUUGCGCUGGAAGCUGGCUUACGAAUCUCUCCGGACCAAUGGUCAUCACUUCUUUAUGGGGAUUCUGCACACAAAUCGCACAUGCAAUCCAUAAUAGAUUCUCUACAAUCACCAUCAUCUUUUCAGCAAUCAAUUACUGAGCUAAUGGCUGCACUUCAACGUACAGGUGAUCCUGCAGGGCUAACCAACCUUAAAGAACACUUUGAAAGGUUAGCUAACAUCGAUUUGGGCAUAAAUAAUGAGCAUCCAGUUCAUCCAUCCCAUUUUGAGUUAGCCUCAAUCCUUGAAUCAUCAAAAAUUGUGACAUCUCGCUUAAUUGAGUUCUUGCACAACCAUUCCUCUGGAUUGUUCCGAUCUAAUACAAAUCAUCGACUGUCACUUUCAAUCCCGACUAAUUUAACUCAAAAUCGUGUUGGCCGAGUGAAAUCACUUCCCAUUGUUUCAUCUAACAUGAGCCAACAAUCUUCAUCACCAAUUCAAAGUCCCACAGAGAAAAUAACUUUUCAAUUUAUUCCAUCUCAGCCAAAAGACAUUGUUAAUCAUCGACCUUGCUCUUCCAUAAUUGCCAAUAGAAACUCAUAUCUUCCUCACCCACAUCAAUUAACACCAACGACACCUCCCAUCCCUUUGACCUCAUAUAGCCCAACAACCUUUCCUCCGCCACCUAACAACCAUCCUCACCAUCAUCACAUAACUGUCUCUCCUUCUUAUCUGAUUGCUGGCCAUUCAAAUUUCCCACUAGAUAGUGAAUCAGUCGCAUCCAACUCUAUUACUCUGGCAACUAUUCCUACUAUCCUGCUUGAUCCUAACUCAGGUCAUCAACACCCUAGUCCUGGACCCACGGUCAUAUUAAACUCAUCCAAGUUGACCGGGAUUAUAACUCCAAUCUCACUUAAAACUGAUCCCAAUUUAUCAUCAUCUACUUCACGUCCACCUUUUUCUCUACCUACUGCCGCACUGCCUUCCGACGAUGAUCAAUUCAUACCUUUUGAUGAAAGACCCUUCGUCUCAAAAUAUGGUCCUAUCUCUCGAGCUAUGAAUCUUAUCAAUACACCAACAGUUGCCAGUCCAGGUUCUAACUCUCAACGAGUAUGUAACAACAAUAAUUUUAUCGGAAACAGUACUACGGAAACACAACCCACCAACGUAAUACUUGGACGACCACUUCCUUCUCUAACACUCAUUCAGCCUCUUCAGCAAUUGGUACUAACAGCCACAUCUGCAAUGCUAACUGAAGACUCUCAAACAUUUAGCCAUAAUCAAACGGAUCGACUCCAAGACAAUCCUUAUCCAGAUGGAUCAGCUGUUCGUCAAGUUAACAAUGUUGCUCUUGCUAUAUCAUUAGCUUAAAGAUUAUCAUCGUUCGAUAUAAAAUUUUCACAAAGAAACACAAAUCUAACUCGUAUCAUCUAAUCAAAUUAUUGGAAUGAGAUCGUGAUUGGUCUAAUCGUUAAUCAUACAGAAUCAUAUUCUCCAAAAAUCGCUUAUAAAUGCCAUCAAGAAUUGAUUAAAAACUCAAAUGACUAGUGUGGUUAUAUAAUUACAAUUAUAAUUUUACGAAAAAAAGGUGAAAGCAUGAAAAGAUACCUCAAUUUACAAAGCUUCUCAAUUUUGCUCAUUAUUUUCCAAAGUCUAUUGUUGUCCCAAUGUAAACCAUUCAUUCUCAUCUAAACGUUGCGAUUUAUUUUUUAUAUUAACCAAUCGAUUGCGUCCUAAA